AUAACUUUCUCCUUAAACAAAAGCUUAAAGAAAAUUAGUCGUUCAACCCCUAACACCGCCUUCUUUCUUCCUUCAUCUUCUUUGCUGAUAGAAAACAGCAUCUGAUACAUAUCUGUAAUAUACUAUUUUUUUCAUAUAAAAUAAUUCCAUGGUUGCUACACAAAUGCGUAGUACGCUAAGCGCUGGACUUGACAACCAACCAAGUAGUGGUAGAUCAAAACGACGACCUUCAUAUCGUAAAACAUCGGAAAAAUACUCAACACCAACAAACCCUUCGAGCAAUCGACCUGGCCCAGCCAAUACCCAUAUGCGCAACGCAUAUAAAAGGCGUUCGCGUUCAUUAUGUUCCGGCAUGCCUCAAGUACAACAGGAUAAUCGAAGGCCGUCAGCGCCUGCUGUAAGCAAUGUUCCACGCCUGUCAAUAGCCGAACGGUUCAUGGCAUCUGGACACUCUUCGUCUACUUCUCAACUUGUGCCAAGCACCAAAGCACAUCAUCGUGCUGUAUCGCCAACAAUGACUACAAAAUCUCUAGAUCUGCACAAUUCAAGCUUAUCCGAUUUGCCUGCAGUAGGCAGUAGCGGCAAACUUUCAGUCGCUGAACGUUUUAUGAACGCCAGUGUAAGCUCACCAUCUGAUUCGUCCCUAAGCACCUAUGCUCAACAAUACAGAGAGAGAUCGAUGUCCUCCUUUUCUGGAAGAACACUUCAUACAGCAACCUUGUCCUCCCUUUGCCCCACUCCAGAUCCUGGGGCAGGAAAGCUGUCUAUUGCAGAGACCUUUAUGAAGGCUCCUAGUAUUCGCAGUCCUACACCUACAGGCGAAAAGCUCUCUGUGCCUUCUAUAAAGGGCUCAGAUAUUCCUACACACUAUAAUGACAAUGAACCAAACUAUGAAUCAUCAUCAGCACAUCCACUUGAUUCUAAUCAACAAAGAUUAUCCAUCUUUGAUGACCCAUAUCACUUUAACCUGGAUGCUUAUCUGCAUCCAACAUCAGUCCUAAGCUUCACACUCGACAGCGAAAAGCCAAGAAGACCAUGGGGUAGCCAAGAUACCUUGGUGCAGCAGCAGAUACUGGACAAGAAAAAACUAAUCCAUGACCAACUUAUGGGAUCAAAUAAAAAGUUCGAGGCCUUUGAUGACACUCGAUCUGCUUUUUCAAAGGAUUACUUUGGAAACCCCACCGAUUACCAUGCAACGCGAGGUGAUGGCUUAUCUACACAAUUUGGUCCUGGAGGCGAAUAUGACGAACAUACGGAUAUUGAACUUGGUUAUGAAAAAGCAGACAGCUAUCGGAAUUAUGGAGAAGACGAGGUAUAUGAAGAUAAUCAGGAGGACAGAGAUGGAGAGGAUCACAGGGAUGGACAGUAUGACAAAUCAGAGUUUUAUGCAAAGAAGCGCAAGCUACAAGAAAAUGAAGACUUUGAAGCUCCUUCUGGAUGUUGGUUAGGAUGCUGUUUCAUCAGUUGUGGUGGCCAAUCAAAGAAUCAACCAAGCCAAAAACAAAAGCACAAUAACAAGGACUAUAAGAGCAAUGGAUCUCGUUCGGGAAAGAAGGGGUGCGGAAGAAAAGGAUGCGUGUUUUUUACUUUUAUAUUUCUAAUUGUCAUCACAUUAACCAUUUACUUCAUCUGGCCACAUGCCCCAUUAAUGCGUAUCGAAGGUGCAUCAUUGACUUCUCCACCCAAGAUAAUCGAAACGAAGCAAGGUAUAAUGGUUGGUAACGUUGCGUUCGAAAGCGAAUGGCUAGUGAAUAUAACAGUUGAUAAUCGGCAAAACCGUGUGCCCACAAAGUUAACACGAGUUCAAGUGAUAGCCAAGGAUGCUCUUACAGGACUCGUCAUAGGAAAAGGGUUACAUAAUGAUGACCCUAGCCCAGAUACUAUUACCCUUGCUCCUGGAGCAAUUUCGAUUAUACAAAUACCAAUUCACGUGGACUACCAAGCAAGGGACACCACAGAUACGACCUUUGUAGACCUUAUAAAAGCGUGUUCUCCAAGAUACGCUCCUAAUGUAAACGAUUCUUUACCACCUGGUCAACAUGAAGCUUUGCCAUUACAUUUUUGGAUAACACUACAUUUUUAUGGAAUGGAUUGGUUAGGCUAUAAACCUACACUAAUUGCUGCACCAGCAACAGGAGGUUUUGUCUGCCCUCAAUAGCUGAUAUGGUGGAUGUAUAAAAAAAAAAAAAAAAGCUUGUUCAUGUAUCCUUCUCUUUUUCUAUAUUAAAUUGUGUAAACGAAUAGUUCUUGUUUGAUGUUCUGUUUUGAAAAUAAAAAUCGAUCAUUCAUAUUAAAUGACAG